AUGGGUGAGGCAGAACCAACCCCAGUGCAGGUAUAUAACUGUCCUUUUCGAUUACCGCCAGAGUUAGAAUUGACAACAGGAAACGUCUCAGAAAAUUUUAAGAAAUGGAAAAGGCAGGUCGAGGUGUAUCUCACAGCUUCCGGUGGCACGGACAAGGCCAAAGAAGUGCAGGUAGCCAUAAUUCUCAGUUGUGGAGGCCCCCACGUGGUAGAAAUUUAUGACCAAUUCAAGUGGGAAAAUGGUGAUGAUAAGAAUGACCCUGACAAACUGUUUGAGAAAUUACAAUCCUAUUGUAACCCCAGAUCAAAUGAAGUACUUGAAUCUCACAGAUUUUGGAAGCUCCCAUACCAAGAUCCAUUUGAUAGUUUUCUCACAGAUCUGAAGACACGUGCUGCAUCAUGCAACUUUAAGGAACCAGACAGAAUGAUGAGAGACAAAAUAGUGUUCACGGUUACUGGCAAGUUACAGGAACUUCUACUCAGAGAGGACAAACUUACACUGGAAAGAACAAUCCAAGUAUGUAGGGCGUAUGAACAAUCAAACAGACAAGUAAAGGAGCUACGUGAAACCACUCUAAAAGUGAACAAGAUACAGAAAUCUAAUGACAAGUACAUGCAUGGUAAACAGAAAAUAGAGAAAAAGAAGGAAAUUCCAAAGACUAAACAAACUCAAUAUAAGAAAAAAGACUGUGAAUUCUGUUUGUACAAGCACGAACCAGGUAAACAGAAAUGUCCAGCAUGGGGAAAAUGUUGUGAACAGUGUGGUGGAAGGAAUCACUUUAAAGCAAAGUGUAAGAAGAUACACUCAGUUAGUCAAGAACAAGAAUUCAAUGAGGACCAGUGGUUGAAAGCUGUUAGUUCUGGUGGCAAGGAAGUAACUGCAAUCAAGCGAAUUAAUGAUUGUGACAUUAGAUUUCAACUUGAUAGUGCCGCAGAUGUUAAUACAAUUUCUCAGUCCUAUGUCCGCGAGGAACAAUGCAAGCCUACCAAAACCUUGUUGAACAUGUGGAAUAGGACAAAUAUGAAGCCACUUGGUGAGGCAAAUCUGACAGUUAUCAAUCCACGUACAAAUGAGAAACUCCAACUCAGAUUCAUUGUUGUUCCAAAUCAGUACACAUGUUUACUUGGACUUGAAGCUGUGCAGAAAUUGAAGUUGAUUACUAUAAAUGAUGAGAGAUUCAUAGCCAGUUUGUCAAGCAGCGACCUAGGCGAUCUGGGAACAGCACAUCUACAUGUCGACCCAGAUGUGAAACCCAAAGCUCUUCCCUGCAGGAAGAUCCCUAUCGCACUCCAGAGUUUGGUACGAGAGGAACUUCAAAAACUUGAAGAUAGAGGAGUACUAAUUCCGAUAACAGAACCUACUCCUUGGGUCAGCCAGAUGGCUAUUGCUCGUAAAGCCAACGGAAAACUAAGAUUGUGUAUUGACCCACAAGCACUUAACACAGCCUUGAUGAGAGAACAUUAUCGCCUGCCUGUUCUCGAUGACAUUCUACCGCAGCUCAGUAAGGCAAGAACCUUCACAAAACUUGACGUGAAAGAGGCUCUUUGGCAUGUAAAGUUGGACGAGGAAUCCAGCAGACUAACGACAAUGAUAACACCUUUUGGAAGGUAUAGAUGUGGAAGACUACCUUUCGGACUAAAGGUAUCAAGUGAAAUAUUCCAGAGAAAACUGGAUGAAGUGUUUGGAAACAUGACAGGUGUUUUCAGCGUGGUGGACAACAUCAUCAUAGCCGGCUGUGGAGCAAACAACAAACAAGCUCAACAAGACCACGAUCUAAAAUUACAAAAGGUUUUUGAAAUAUGUGAGGAGAGACACAUCAUUUUGAAUAAAGAAAAACAAGAGAUUGGGCUCAAAGAAAUAUCAUUUCAUGGACAUGUCAUUUCCAGAGAAGGAGUGAAAAUUGAUGACAAGAAAGUAAGAACCAUAAAUGACAUGCAGCCUCCUACAGAUGUUUCAGGAAUCAAGAGACUGUGUGGCAUGGUCCAAUACAUGGCAAAGUUCCUUCCUGACCUUUCGACCAUAUUGGAACCGCUCAGAGAACUUACUCGCAAAGAUAAGGCCUGGCAUUGGUCUAAGGAUUGUGAAUCAGCAUUUCAGAAAAUCAAGAAGAUGCUGACAGAAACCCCUGUGCUAGCUUACUUUGAUCCUGGAAAGGAGGUAGUAGUACAAGUGGACAGUAGUAAAGAUAGCAUUGGUGCAGUUCUCCUUCAGGACGGCAGACCGGUGGAGUAUGCUUCUAGAUCACUCACAGCAUCUGAGAGGAACUGGGCGCAGAUCGAGAAAGAAGCGUUAUCUGUGUUAUAUGGUCUGGAACGCUUUGACCAGUAUACAUAUGGCCGUAAUGUGAUAAUACAAAAUGACCAUAAACCCUUAGAGGCCAUCCUGAAGAAACCUCUUGCAAUGGCACCGAAGCGACUACAGGACAUCAUGAUGAGAUGGAACCGGUAUGAUUUUGACUUUGUGUAUGUCAAGGGAACGAAGCUCGAAAUUGCAGAUACUUUGAGUCGUGCAUAUCUGAAGAGUGAUGAGGGUAACUUUAGUGAAAGAAUGAGAAUCAUGUCAUUGAAGAGUGAUGAACCAUGUGACAUCCCUGAUGCUCGCCUUCUCGAAAUAAAAGAGGCAACAGAGGUUGACGAAGAAUUGCAAAUUCUCAAGGAAAUGGUGAUGAACGGGUGGCCGGAGCAGAAACAUGAAACGCCACUGGGAAUUCGCCAUUACUUUGACUUUAGAGACACUAUAUCACAUAGUGAUGGACUGAUGCUUAAAGGGGAAGCUGUUAUGAUUCCUAAAUCUUUGAGAAAUGAGAUGAAGGCAAGGCUUCACAAGGCCCAUUUUGGAUAUGAUAGUAUGUUAAGAAGGGCACGAGGAACGAUAUUUUGGCCGGGGAUGAAUUCAGAAAUUAAGCAGUUGGCUGACUGUUGUUCAAUAUGUCAAGAAAGAAAACCAAUGAACCAAAAGGCUCCACUAAUGCAGCAUCCAGAAGGAUCUACUCCAUGGCAGAAAAUAGGACUUGAUCUGUUUGAGCUGAAUGGAAAACAUUAUUUGAUCGCAGUGGACUAUUUCUCUAAUUUUAUUGAAAUCGAUUUGAUGACGUCCAUGACAAGCUCCAGAGUAAUAGCUGUACUUAAGAAACACUUUGCUCGAUUUGGAGUUCCAAAUGUAAUCAUGUCUGAUGGUGGACCACAGUUUCCAAGAUUUUGCAAAAAAGUGGGAUAUCACUCACAUUACAUCAUCACCUAUGCAUCAACAGGCCAAUGGCAAAGCUGA